CUUGUUUUGUCUGACAAUGCUGAGCAGCGCUUCCAAGCUGACAAUCCGCGCAAUUCUCCGUGGCGGGACGACUUCAGCGCGCUGUGCUGCUGUUUUUACGACGACGACGACGACGACCACGACCACGACGAGAUUGUCUUCAGCGUGUCUGACGCUGCCUGCGAUGCACAAGUCGUCGUUCACGCGAGCCGGGACACGGAUCUCGGCGGAGGAUUCCCUGCGAAUCAAGCACCUCGAGUACCGCAACCAGCCGACUCCGACACUGCCGUCCGGUGCAGCGACCACCAGCAGCAGUCAGGCUCAGGGACUGCCAACAACCACAGCGGCAACGACGACGGCAGCCGGGGCAGCUGCAGGCGCGGUCUGCCACACGCCGAUCGCCUUUCCAAAGAACGAAAGCCAGGCCGCACGGACAAACCGUGACGAUGCUCCGACAUCCAACUUCAAGGGAUUCAGUGCAAGCUUCCCGUGCAUGGAGAAGGAAGCCGAACGCAGAGCUGCAGGCGGCCCAGAGCCAAUGUACGAUCGCGUCGUCUCGGGCUACGAAGUCUACCAUCACAAGACGCCCUUCCAACUCUACCACGGCGGCGUGUUGCCAGAGUUUAACAUUGCCUAUGAGACGUGGGGCACACUGAACGCGUCCAAAUCAAACGCCAUUCUGCUGCACACUGGGCUCUCGGCCUCCUCGCACGCCAAAUCGCAAGCCAAAAACACAAACCCCGGCUGGUGGGAAGCCUUCAUCGGACCUGGCUGCGCCAUCGACACCAACAAGUUCUUUGUCAUGUGCACAAACGUCCUUGGCUCGUGCUACGGCUCCACAGGACCAUCAUGCAUCAAUCCAACCACUGGCGAGGCGUAUGCAACUCACUUUCCAAUCCUAACAGUCCAGGAUAUGGUGAGGGCUCAGUUCCACUUGCUUGACCACAUGGGCAUCCAGAAGUUGUACGCUUCUGUCGGAUCCUCGUUGGGCGGAAUGCAAUCGCUGACGGCUGCUGCACUCCACCCCAGCCGUGUCGGGAAGGUGGUCAGCAUCUCGGCCGCGGCCAUGUCCCAUCCACUGUCCAUUGCAAUGAGACACGUGCAGCGUCGCGUGUUGAUGGCAGAUCCUCAUUGGAAUGGUGGUCAAUACUACAAGGGCAUUUUCCCUCACUUUGGCAUGAAAGUGGCUCGAGAAAUUGGAACCAUCAGCUAUCGCUCGGGUCCCGAGUGGGAGGAACGCUUUGGACGCCAGCGUGCCAAUCCAGAGUCGUCGCCAAACUUUUGCCCCGACUUUCUCAUCGAGACCUAUCUCGAUCAUCAGGGUGAGUUAUUUUGCCUGAAAUACGAUCCAAAUUCGCUGCUGUAUAUCUCCAAGGCCAUGGACCUGUUCGAUCUCGGCCAGGGAUUUGAAUCGCUGGACGCCGCGUUUCAUCGCAUCGACAUGCCAGCGCUCGUCCUUGGUGUUGAGUCUGAUAUCCUCUUCCCCGAAUGGCAGCAACGCCAGGUUGCCAACAAGCUGCGAACCACGGGCAAUCAAUCGGUUGUCUACUACCAGCUUGACUCGAUCUACGGCCACGACACAUUCUUGAUCGAUGUCAACUCUGUCGGGAAGGCUGUCAAAGGCCAUCUGGAAAACGAAUAGGUUGUCAAAUGCAUUCUAUCAGUUGGAUACUAGCAUGUGGAAGAAUAUUAAAAUGGUGUACAAUGAAAAACGAGAAACCGCGAGCGCAAAAAACGAAACAAC